GCCGUCUCCAGGAAGCGUCUGCGCGAGGGCGCACCCUGCUCGCAGCUAACGGAACGAGCUGCGGAAUCCCCAGCUCUGCAGGUGUCUCCCGACCCGGUUCGCAGCCAGCGCCGGCCCACUGGCUGUGGAAUGAAGGCAGGCAGCGAAGGCGUCCACUCAGGCGACUGCAGGGUGGAGGCAGCACCCCCUUCCUAGACGCGGUGCCCCGCGGCCCCACGUACGCGCACGCAGUGCCCUUGCACGGGCUUCCGGCCGGGUCACGUGGCCGUGCGCGCACAUGUUCCGGCCUGUGCGCCCAGCGGCCCGCUUCCUCCCUCCGCGCCCGGCGGGUCCAUGUCCACCUAGAGCCCGCACUAGCUGCGCCGAGGCGGCGGCGGCGGGGAGCGGCGGACACGGAGGCGCCGAGUGGCGUGAGUAGCAGCUUCGAACAGUGGGACAGCGGGCUCGGCCAUGAAUCCCAGAGGCCUGUUCCAGGACUUCAACCCGAGUAAGUUCCUCAUCUAUGCCUGCCUGCUGCUCUUCUCGGUGUUACUGCCCCUGCGCCUGGACCGCAUCAUCCAGUGGAGCUACUGGGCAGUCUUCGCCCCCAUAUGGCUGUGGAAACUCCUGGUCAUCGUGGGCGCCUCGGUAGGUGCCGUCGUUUGGGCCCGCAACCCUCGCUACCGCACGGAGGGCGAUGCCUGCGUGGAGUUCAAAGCCAUGCUGAUCGCCGUGGGCAUCCACCUUCUGUUGCUCAUGUUCGAGAUCCUGGUGUGCGACCAGGUCGAGAGGGGGACCCACUUCUGGCUCCUGGUCUUCAUGCCGCUCUUCUUCGUGUCCCCGGUGUCCGUGGCUGCUUGUGUCUGGGGUUUUCGACAUGACCGGUCUUUGGAACUGGAGAUCCUGUGCUCGGUCAACAUCCUACAAUUUAUCUUCAUCGCCCUGCAGCUGGACAGGAUUAUCCACUGGCCGUGGCUGGUGGUGUUCGUGCCCCUGUGGAUCCUCAUGUCGUUCCUUUGUCUGGUGGUUCUCUAUUACAUCGUGUGGUCUCUCCUCUUCCUGCGCUCUCUGGAUGUGAUUGCUGAGCAGCGGAGAACACAUGUGACCAUGGCCAUCAGCUGGAUAACCAUUGUCGUGCCCCUGCUCACAUUUGAGAUCUUGCUCGUUCACCGAUUGGAUGACCACAACACGUUCUCUUACAUUUCUAUAUUUGUCCCGCUUUGGCUCUCGUUACUAACUUUGAUGGCCACAACAUUUAGACGCAAAGGGGGCAAUCAUUGGUGGUUUGGAAUUCGCCGAGAUUUCUGUCAGUUUCUGCUUGAAGUUUUCCCAUUUUUAAGAGAAUAUGGGAAUAUUUCUUAUGAUCUCCAUCAUGAAGAUAGUGAAGAUGCCGAAGACACAUCAGUUCCAGAAGUGCCGAAAAUUGCUCCAAUGUUUGGAAAGAAGGCCAGAGUAGUUAUAACGCAGAGCCCUGGGAAGUAUGUUCCUCCACCUCCCAAGUUAAAUAUUGAUAUGCCAGACUAAACUCCUUCAGGCUGGACCUUUGAAUGAAAUAGAACCCAUAUACACGCAUUAAUUCCACCUUGCUUUUGCCUCCAAACCUGGAGCCAGAAUGAGGCUCUAGACACCAUUUCAUGCCCUGUUAGAGAUGUUGCCUCUCAGACUGGUCAUGUCCACCUUAGAGGAGGCUGUUUUAAUGUAGGGGGUGUAAUGUGCAUGGGUGAGAACCUCUUGCCAGCUUGGUGUUCUAGGAGCUAGCCAAAAGUAGUGGAAUUGUUUUUAGGUAUCACAGCUGUUUGUUUCUUAAGUGCUACGAUGCCUACCACAAGUAUUUAAAAAAUAUUUUUCUACACUGCUAGUCCAAAAUUGUAUUUCAAAUUGUGCUGUUGUGAUAUAAUGACAAAUGUACAGAAUUCUCUCCCACCACUGGUUUAUAAACCUCAUAGUUGUUAUUUCUAGUGUUCCUACUGUGAAAAUAAUUUUUCUUUGGGCUUUGCAGAUAACUGGUUUUUAACGUCCUACUAGAUGAAUUUUUCUAGUGGAGUGAAUCUGCAUAUAUAGUAUUUAUAUGAAUAUUUUAACAGUGUUGUACAAAGUUGAAUUGUAGUUCUUGGCAGUACAAUGUAUUAUGUUAAAGUAUUUUUUUUUAAAGUAUCCAUGUGACGAUACAUGCUUAUUGCAGAUGUCCUUGAAGACUGCAUAAAAUGUUAAUAUGUGCCCAGGGCUUAUCUUGUCAAAGUUCUCGGCAUAAAUACAGGGAAUGAAAAUCUCAUGUAGUCUAGGGCAUACCAGCCGGAACGCGCCUAAUCACGUCUGAAAAUCCCAUGUACCUGAGUAGUCAGAUGGCAAGUGACAUGAGGACACCCUUAGAGGAAGGAGCCAUCAACCUUUGGGAACUGGUGACAUGCUUCAGUGUGGUACAAGGCCUUAAAGUAACACUGUUUAUGACCUUGAUUUUCCACACAAAUAGUACUAUCUCUUGAGGAGAAACCAGCAUAGGCAGCCAAGUGGCUUGUACAUUUCUGAGGAUUAUAGAAGAGUAGCUUGCCAUAAGGUAAAGUAAUACUUGUCAUUGAAAAGCCAGAGAAAGUGGCCUUAACCAAAAAUGGCAACAGGAUGAAAUCUUACUUUCAGCCCACCCUUUUUGGUCUGUCAGUGACCAGAAAACAAGAGUUCAGGCUGAGAACAAUGUUUCUUCCAAUGUUGGUGGCACACUGGGGACUCAGUGGAAACCACAGCCUGUAAGAAUAAAGUUCUGACUGGGAAGAAAUAAAUACUUGCCAAAAAAAAAAAAGUGCUGAUAUUA